UUGCUUCAUUAUUCGCAGUCAGUCCUCCUCGGCAGUUUCAGCAGUAGUCCUCCUCUCUCUGGUACAGCCUUCACUGUCGAGUUGACUCGUUUUCUUAAUCACUUUAGUUGUACUUCAUAAGAUCAUCGGUGUGGUUUUUUAGUUUUUUUAAAUUAAAAAAUCAGGAUAAGGUCAUACUUUACUCGAUAAUCGAGACUUUGAUUAAUCGUGUUUGGGAGGGGUAAAAAGUAAGCGACUGCGUUUGACCCGUAAUUUCAUGGGUCUGCCAAAACCGUGAAUAAAAUAAGAGAUAAACCAGGAACAUUAUAAGCAAAGCCAGAUGACGUGCAGGCUGAACUAAAUAAGAGAAAUAUUUACGUGAAGCUAUUUAAAAAGUUAAAUGUUUAAAGUUCUUCCGUUCACAUUUAACGUCCUCUCGGCCUGUGUGUUAGUCAACUUCAUUUAAUUUCUUGCUGCAUUAGCUGUGUUUUCAUUUGAAGUGUGCUCGUAUCUUACUAUUACUGCGUGCGUCUGUUACUUCCGUAAUGAUGAAGAACAAUGGGCUGCUCAACAAAUGGUCUCUCCACAAGAACAAGAGUGGAGUCAACAACGGAAAGAAUUGGAUUCACGCUCCUGAUGCACUCACAAGUGGUCACAUUGCUUAUCUUGUUAAGUUUUUGGGUGUAACUGAAGCAGAGCAACCCAAGGGAAUCGAGGUUGUGAAAGAUUGCAUCCGUAAAUUGAAGCUUGAUCAAGAAAUCCGUCGUGCUGAAGGUGGAGGCAAGAUUCCAAAGGCUGAGGUGACAAUUUCAAUAGACGGUGUGGCCGUGCAAGAGCCAAAAGGGAAAGGAAUCCUUCAUCAAUUCCCACUUCAUCAAAUAUCCUACUGCGCGGAUGACAAGACAGAGAAAAAAUUUUUUUCUUUUAUCGCCAAGGACGGUGAAUGUCAUCGUUGUUUUGUUUUCUCAUCUGAAAAACUGGCGGAAGAAAUAACGCUGACAAUUGGCCAAGCCUUCGAUCUUGCUUAUAGGAGAUUUCUAGAGACGUCUGGAAAGGAAAUGGAGUUCAAAAGAGAAAUUAUGGUGUUGCAAAAACGAGUUGCAGAACUGGAGAAUGAAAACAGUGAUUUGAGACAACAGCUUAACUUGCCACCAGCCACAGUUACAACGGAAGUCAAAGUAUCCAAGUCUGUUGAUGGUGAUAUAGAUUUGCUUAUCUGUCCUCCAGUUCCUCCAAGAGAGUCUGCUAAUGUUGCUAAUCAAAUUUUUGCGGAGUUUGCAAAAACAGCAAAUGAAAUAGAGAAAAGAGCACAGGAGACUCGUAAAUCAGAUGGACUACUGUUCGAUGAUGAUCACAUUAUGCAAUUAGACAGCAAACCGAGAGGGUCGCCUGAUGGAAUUGAAGCUCCUCCAAGAAUCUCUCCUCCACCAAAGGCACGGAAAAAUGAGAAUCUUUUGAACGGGUCCAGCUCAACGGAUGUAUUCAGCUCAGAUCCGUUUUUUACAGCGGAUGACCCCUUUGGAAUGUCUGACUUUGGAACUAAACAUUGCCACGAAUCUAACAAGCUUAACGGUUAUGGGGAUACCAAUGGAUUCAAUGCUUUCAACGGGAAUAACAAUAUAUCGUCGUAUGGCAGCAAUGGUGUGAAUUACAACAACAUUAGCAACGUGUUUAGUAGUACAGCACUUACUGCUAACUACAAUAACAUUACAGCUCAAAAUAACCUAGCAAAUAAUAUAAAGGCUCAGCCGCAGCAGAUUGAAACAGCGCUAGAAUUUCUAGACAAGAAAAUUGAGGAGAUGAAAGUAGGGUUUAGUCGUGGGAUUCUGAACGAUGAUUUUCCUCUUGAAUCUUUGGAUCCUUUAAAGUCCUCGUAAAAUUUUACACUUCAAUUGUUUCUCUCUCGCACGAAAGUUUUUCAAGGUUUUUACCACUAUUGCUUUCCUUUUACAUAUACUUAAGCCUGGGUGAAUUUAGCUCUUGCUCCGUAGUUUCACCGUGACUUAUUAAUCAAAGAAUCGCCAACGAAAAAAGUGAUAAUGAUCGACAGGAUUACAGAGAAAAAAGUACGUGCAUACAUACAUAAAUAUGGAUGAAAGUCACUUUUGAGCCAAAUUAGGUAGAGGAAUAUAUAAAGAUCGUGUUUAUUGUAAAUCAAGGAAACCUUCAUUAAAUGUAUUUCUUGUAAAAUAUGUUCUACAUACAUAAAUACAUAUGACAUAGUCUAAUAUACGCAGUUUGUUUUUAGCUGUAAUUUUUUAGUAAAUAAAUUCCAGCAUACACACAGACAA